AUGAGAGGCACGUGGCCUAUAAUGUUGAAUCCCGGGCCUUCAUAUGUGCUCAAAAUAUCGGACAUUUGUUUUUACAUGAAUAUAACCAAAGAGGAGAACUCGGCGUUUCUGCCGGCGACCGGUCACACGUCGGGCGCGUCCGGCAGUGGCGACAGCGGCAACAAUGGAGAGGCCGUCAAACCGGUGGACACGGAGUCGGCGACCACUCCUACCUAUAAUCGCAUUCAGAUUCCCCGCGAAACCAAAGAGAAGGUCGAGAUGUCGUUCCUGUCGAGCGUUCGCCGGAAGAGCUCAAACAUAUUCUCAUCGGAUUCGACGCUUUCUGGCACUAAAAUCCGAAGGGAUUCGUCGCCGACGCGACUCAAGCGCGCGGUCACAGAGUUUGCCGUCAAAGUGAAACGCGUGACCACUGGUGGCCGUCAGUGCGGUCACCUCGAAGUGCCUAAGAUUGAGUUCGGGAGUCCCGCCUCUCCCACCGCCAAAACCAAUGAUGUGGUGGCGGCCAGAGGUCGGCGGCCCAGUAUAGCGCCGGUGCCGGCGAUGUUGGGCGACAAGGACUCGGACAGUGACCGCGACAGCGAACACGAACAGGAAAAGUAUUUGGAUAUACCCUGGAAUGCACCGGCAGAGUCAUCCGACAUUGUGAAAGGUUUUCCUCCGGUCUCGCCGUACGUCGGGGUCAGUCCUACGCUCUGCUAUUUAGUUAAGGACAAGAAGCCUCCGUGUUGUCUACAAAUAUCACAGCAGUGCGAUCACUGUCCAUACCUUCACGCCCGGGACUACAACUGGCAACAAACCCGGUGUAUAAUACUGGCGGCCGAUUACGCGAGUAAUGGUAUCUACAACUUCAUUGUGCCUCUAAGAGCUCACUUCCAUAACCCAAACACUUUGCGGCCGAUUGUGUUGCUGUUGGAAAGGCGUCCGAACCCGGCCUUCAUU